AUGGUGGUUGAAACAACUCUCUACCAGAACGGAGAAUCCAGGGUUGAGGAGCGGCCGAGAUGCUUCAAUCUAAAGUGCCAGCUAUGGCUAGAAGCUGAGGUAAGCAGGUACGUAGUCCCAGACCCCAGACACGGGACAGGUGCGCCGGACUCAACGAUCGCUGUGCUGUGCGUGCCUGCCACGCCUGCGAGGGACGUUCUGCUGUCCAACCUUGAGUUCCUCAGGAACCAAGGCGGCAAGGCCAACGGCGGCGGCCCUGGUCUCAUCGUCUCCCCAGCCGCGAGACGGGCCAUAAUGCUGCGGCGGGACAGGCACGACGGCACGUCGCAGCGCAAGUCGUAA